CAAGUUUAUUCAUAAAUUUUUAUCCACAAUCUGAUCUAAGCUCUGUCCUUUCUCUAAAAUUUUUUUUCUUCAGGUCGACUGGAGCCCAUGAGUAUAAUUUUAUCUUUAAUACAAAUUUCAUUUAUUUCCGCUGUCGUUUUGCCAAACUCACACUUUGAAACCUGACGUCGAAGAUGUAACAAGUAUUUAUUGAAGUUUUCACCUUCAAUAGUUGACAAAUUCCGGAAGGGGUGUCUCUCGAAAGUGGAGUUGCGUUUUGGCGAGAAAUAUUCGUUAAGUUUAGCCACUAAUACUACAAAGGGGUGUACUUCCUCGUUCCCCUCUACUAAAACAUCAGGAAUGUUAAAGGCUACUUCUUACAGUUGUGGGCCGCCCAUAUGCAGUAAUUUAUUCUUCUUCUUCACUACAUCACUUAUGUCAUCGGCCUGGAGAUAUAGGGAAAAGGAUCGAAACCACUUUUCCCAUUCUGACCGUUCAAGUGCUUUGUCUAUAUUGUUACACAAAAAUUGACGAAUUUCCAUUAGUUCUAUUUCGUAUUUUACGUACUACUAGCUAAAUUUGUACUUGUGGAUUUCUUUCCACCUUGUAUCAAUGUGUAUGCUGUUGUUGGAAUCUCGUUACACCUGAUGUUGCUGACAAAAUUUAAUUUGUCACUGUUUAGACAAAAAAUCAUAUUGCAAAAAUACAACACUUUAAUUUAUUAAUAAUUUCUUAAUGUAAGUUCGUCAACUUAAAUUUAUAAUAGAAAAAUAUUAAAUUGUAUUAUUUGGCAACACUGUAAACUUAACGAUAAGAUUUCCUUUUUUUUUGCUAUUCUCUCUUUAUAUACUUUUCGCCAACUGUCACUUUGUAUUACCUUUGUUGAGAACGAGUGGUUUUUUGCCUCUCAUGUACAAGUCGGUAAAAUCUUUAAGUUUACAAUAAAACUCUAAUUGAAUUUUUAAUGAAAAAGAACUCGUCCGAUUUAUUUAAGAAUCAUCGCUCAAAACAUACUGGUCCUUCGCACCGGAUCGGCCGUGUGAAACAUUAAAAAAAAAAGAGUGCCGACCUUCAUUUGACUCUGUGAUUUUUGUGACUUUCUCUUGACCUUAUCAUCUCAGCAAAUCAAGAAGCGUUAAUAGACAAGCAAAAUGACCUUCAUGAGCUCAUUAACAGUGCCGUUGAAAAACUUCGAUCUCUUGGUGAUGGAAAAAUUACACGUGCUCAGAUACAAACUCGAAUGUCCAUCCUGGAUGCAAAUUGGAAGAAAUUUCAAGAAGGUCAUGAACGUUUAACUAAUACCUUACCGCUGCUAUCAAAGAAGCUCCAUAUUUUGCAAAUAAUUUGUAUUCUCAAUGCCAGGAAACCUAUGCUGAUGCUCGAUCGACUAUGCUGACAUCUGCUGGAAUUGAACUUGCCGAUCAGUCCAUGAACCUGGGGCAAAGUUAUGUUCAUCAUACAAGAUCGCUUCCGAAAAUUCAAUUGCCUAUCUUUAAUGGGGAAUAUUCACGUUGGCGCAAUUUUCACGAUCUUUUUACGUCAAUAAUUGGCAGUAGCUCUGAUUUAACAACAGUAGAAAAAUUUCAUUAUCUAAAAACAAGCCUCAAAGGUGAAGCUGCACAGCAUGUAGCUAACCUUGCAGUUUCAAAUGAAAGUUUUGCGCGCGCAUGGGAUAUCAUAGUUGCAAGAUAUGAAAAUAAGAGGUUGCUUAUUGACGCUCAACUCGAUAUCAUUUUUAAACUCCAACCUAUUGAAAGAAAAUCUUCAGGAGAGCUUAAGAAUCUCUUAGCAGUAUUCAAAGAAUCUCUGGGCGCCUUGAACUCACUUGGUGCUCCUACCGAUCACUGGGAUUUUAUUAUUGUCUACAUGAUAGUUCAUCGACUAUAUGCAGACUCGCACGAAGCUUGGAAAAUACAUCGUGGUGCAACGGUGACACCUGCUUCACUUACUCAAUUCUCAUCUAGAAAUCCGUCAUCGUCAGCAUGCCCUCUCUCAAGCCAUAAUAGAAAAACCAGGGCGCGAAAGUUAAUGUGGCCUCAGUCAAUACCAUAUUAACACCCGUACAAAGUAGUAAUCGUGCUACUUUCUCGAACAACUGUUCCAUGUGUAACAACUCUCACUACAUCUCUACUUGUCCAACGUAUCGCAGUCUAGAUGAAAAUUAACGUAAGGAACUUCUAGUUGAAAAAAGAUUAUGUUUCAAUUGUCUCGGUCCUCAUCGCCUAGCUACCUGUCGGUCAACAAAGCGUUGUCAAAUAUGCGGCGCGCAAUAUCACACAUCAAUUCAUAGUGCGAGUUCCAGCUCUAAACAGCUGACGUCUUCCCCAUCAUCAGGUACUGCAUCAAGACCAGCUCCAGCUGAUAGUGUUGAAAAACCCCAGUUCAUCACAAAUCAAGCCAUACCACGUCCAUCCGUCAAAGUGGUGCGAACUCUGUUGGCAUCUGCGCUCGUUAGGCUGUUUUCUCCACAAGGUAAGCAGCUGCAAGUUCGUGCUCUACUUGGCCCCGGCUCGCAGAUUACAAUUAUCAAUGAAGCGGCUACACAAAAUCUUUAUCUUAAACGUCAAAAGGCAAGUAUUCCCCUCUAUUGAGUUGGUGCACACUCAUCAAGUACAACUAGAGGUAUAGUAAGCUUUUCCCUAAAGCCGCAUUUUAACUCAAGUUUAAAAUGGGACGUCUCAACGUACAUUUUACCAAAGCCUACGGCUGAAAUACCAUCGUUAGAAUUCGAGCACAAUGAUUGGCCGCAUUUGCGCGGACUUACGCUAGCUGAUCCUUACUAUUUGAAGACUGGUCAAUCGAUCUUAUCAUUGGCAUAGAUCUGUAUUCGGAUUUAAUUGAACCUGAACUUGUUAAAGGAAACUCAAAUUCUCCAUUUGCCAGGCGUACUUCACUUGGCUGGAUAAUAUCAAUUCCUCUUAGCGAAUAUAGAAAGAUGACUCAACCCAUCCAAAGCUAUCAAUGUUCGAUUGAUCAUGACUUACACGCUGCGCUUCAACGAUUUUGGGUUCAAGAAGAAGCGCAACUAUCCGCAAAAACUAUCCUUUCUAAAGAAGGGUGUGAAGAUCAUUUUUGUAACAGCCACUCAAGAAACCCAUCGGGGAGAUAUGUAGUUCGUCUUCCCUUCAAGAAGUCACCGGAGGCCAUAGGAGACUCUCGACCUGCUGCCUCUCGAAUGCUGUCUAGCAUGAUAAGACGCUUCUCAUGUGAUCACAAGUUAAAAUCUCUAUACUCUGACUUUUUAAGGGAAUUUGAGUCGCUGGGUCAUAUGAUACGCGUACCAGAAAGCAUCCCUGAACCACAACAGUAUUACUACUUGCCACAUCACGGCUUUCUUAAAGAAUCUAGCAGUUCUACUAAGCUGCGAGUUGUUUUUAAUGGGUCACGUCGCACAAGUAGUGGCUGUUCUCUGAAUGAUCUCCUUCACAUCGGUGCCAAGCUGCAGACAGACUUAUCCGAUGUGAUUUUGUGGUGGCGACAAUUUUCGCAAGUCUUUUCAGCCGACAUGGAGAUGAUUUUUCGGCAGAUUUUGGUUCAUCCAGAUGAUCAGCGUUUUCAGAGAAUUCUUUGGUCACCAGAAUCAUUUCAGAAGCCUUUAACAUAUCAGUUGGCCACUGUUACUUACGGACUUGGUCCAGCGCCUUUCUUAGCAAACCGCGUAAUUAAGCAAUUAACCAAAGAUGAAGGACAUCGCUUUCCCCUCGCAACAGAUGUUUUACUACGUGGGACUUACGUGGAUGAUUGCUUUGGCGGAGCGGAUUCCCCUCAAGAUGCAAAGGAGGUGAUUCAACAGCUAGACAACCUUUGCAAAUCAGGUGGUUUCAACCUACUUAAAUGGACAGCGAAUGAUUCAACGAUCUUGGCUGAUCUCUUAAUCACGCGUCAUACCUCUUCAACAUCAAGACUCCUCAAUGGGAGUCCUGGAAUCAACUUCAAGAUAUCUCUCACAUCUCCAUUCCUCGUUGGAUCGGAACCUCUGCAAACAUGCUCACUUUGGAAAUACAUGGCUUUUCCGAUGCCUCUCGAGACGCUAUGGCAGCUGUUGUUUAUCUUCGUGUACUUAACGAAAUGAAUGAUGCUACAAUUUCUCUCAUUACAGCAAAAACAAAAGUUGCCCCAAUCAAGAAAAUGACGGUUCCUAGGCUUGAACUUUGCGCUGCAACUCUACUUACAAAACAGUUGGCUCACGUUGGAGAAGUGCUAAAUAUAUCGCAAGCACCAAUCCAUUUAUGGACUCAUUCGUCAGUAAAUCUCGCCUGGAUUCAAGCUCAUCCAUCACAGUGGAAAGAUUAUGUUCGAAAUCGUGUUGUCACUAUCCAAGAAACUCUGCCUCAAGCAACAUGGAAUCACAUCUCUGGUAAGGAGGUGUGUCACUUGAUCAGCUAGAAAAAGACUGUCUAUGGUGGACUGGACCAAAAUGGCUUUCUCAACAUCCUUCUUUAUGGCCGUCAUGCGAUUACCAGCGUGAGCAUGAUGUCGACCUUGAAGAAAAACUUCAGGUCAUUGCUGUUGUCGCUCCCCAAAACCCGAAGAUCUGGAAUCUCGUUGAACGUUACUCAAAUCUUACUAAAUUACUGAAAAUCACAGCGCUAUGCCAACGUGCGAUUAAAAUACUGCAAAGGAAAGCUGACAUACCCAAACAAUCAACUUUAACGCCAACUGAGCUUGAAACGGCUCGACUUUAUUGGGUGAAGCUAACUCAACAGGCUUAUUUCUCAAAGGAGAUCUUAACGCUCUCCCAAAAUAUCAUUUUAUCAAAUACAAACCCUCUUAACAAAUUAAUUCCAUUUAUAGAUGCCUCAGGUAAGCUUCGAGUUGGCGGGCGGCUCGGAAACGCUCUCCUCGAUCCUGAUACAAAACACCCCGUAAUUUUACCGCGCGAAUCACCAUUAACAACUCUAAUCAUAAGCAAUGCGCAUCAUAAAACUCUUCAUGGAGGAACACAAGCUACCUUAGCCUAUCUGCGAAGAUCAUACUGGAUUAUCGGAGGUAGCUCUCCUGUGCGAUCAUUCAUUUUACGCUGCGUUCGCUGUGCUCGAUAUCGCGCUGUCACCGCCCAACAACUCAUGGGACAGCUACCAUCAACCCGAAUCACCCCAGCAAGACCAUUUUUAAAUUCUGGCGUAGAUUAUGCUGGCCCGUUUACUUUAAAAACUUCGAGAGCAAGAGCUGCUAAAACGUAUAAGGGGUAUAUUGUGCUUUUUGUCUGCUUUGCUACCUCAGCUAUUCAGCACGAAAUCGCGACAGACUACUCUUUAGAAGGUUUUUUGGCAGCUUAUAAAAGAUUCACCGGGCGCCGAGGAAUCUGCGCAACUCUUCAUAGUGACUGCGGUACUGAUAGGCGCUGACGCCGAGCCUCGGAAACUCUUUUCGCGGGCAUCAAAUGAGUUAUCUAACCUCGCCUCCUUACUUGCAAAUGAUGGAACCGAAUGGAGAUAUAACCCACCUGCAGCUCCACACUUCGGCGGAAAAUAGGAACCUGGCGUGACGUCGGUCGAGUUCCAUUUAAAACGUAUAAUUGGAGACACCUCUAUUACUUAUGAAGAAUUUUCCACUCUACUAGCACAGAUCGAAGCCGUUCUUAAUUCUCGGCCGUUAUGCCCACUCUCCGAUGAUCCAAACGACAUCAAUGCGUUAACACCAGGGCAUUUUCUCAUCGGCUCAGCACUCACCACUGUGCCAGAGCCAUCAUUGAUAGACAUUGCAGUCUCACGACUUUCUCGAUGGCAAUUGCUCAGGCAAAUGCUUGAGCACUUUUGGCAUCGUUGGUCUUCGGAAUACAUUCAACGCUUUUAUGCAAUAUCUAAGUGGAAGCAGGCAACAGAUCCAAUAAAGAAGGGAGCGCUUGUGCUGCUUGUGGAUGUAAGAUUUCCUCCAGCGAAAUGGUUGCUUGGCCGUAUCAUCGAUGGACAUAUUCGCGUAGUAACUGUCAAAACAAGGGAUUCAACGCUAGAGCGCCCAGUAGUUAAACUGUGCCCGCUUCCAGUACUUGCUACAAGCUCAACAUUAUCGACUGCUUAAUCUAAUUGAAGUUAUAUAUUUCGUCCCCUAUACGGUGACAAGGCGGGGGUUGGAUUUUCAUUUUCAUUUAUUAAAUGUACAACCAUUAAUACAAUAAGAUAUAAUCUUUUAUAGUACAACAAAUUGCUGAUUUAAAUAUAGAAAAAGAGAAAAGAAUACGUACAUACAUUUGCAAACUUAAGAAUAAAAACAAGGACAAAUAAAUAAACUAACAUUAUAAUUAUAAUCCCUAAACAAUUAAGGGUACUAGGACAAAAAAUCAUAUUGCAAAAAUACAACACUUUAAUUUACUAAUAAUUUCUUGAUGUAAGUUCGUCAACUUAAUUUAUAAUAGAAAAAUACUACAUUGUAUUAUUUGGCAACACUGUAAACUUAACGAUAAGAUUUCCUUUUUUUGCUAUUCUCUCUUUAUAUACUAUUCGCCAAUUGUUACUUUGUAUUACCUUUGUUGAGAACAAGUGGUUUUUUUCCUCUCAUGUACAAGUCGGUAAAAUCUUUAAGUUUACAAUAAAACUCUAAUUGAAUUUUUAAUGAAAAAGAACUCGUCCGAUUUAUUUAAGAAUCAUCGCUUAAAACAGUCACCCUCAGUGUAUUUAUUGCUGACAAAAUUGAAUUCGUC